ACAAGAUGGCUGUGCGUCGGGGAGCGGAGAGCUGAGGUUGAAAUAUAACCCCCUAAAUUGAUCCAUACAUGAGAGGGAAAGCGCACGACAAAAGACUCUAAAGAUCAGAUUUUUUUUACUGUCGCAAAACAGUGACGUAUAAUAGCUUCUAGUAGAAACGGAGCUGACUCCAUCCACCUAUUUAUACAGGCUAUAGAUACGGACAUCUACUCCGAAUUGAAAUAUCGGUGCCGGUGGAAGACAUCUGGGAGCGAUCAUAGCCAGAGCUAAGAGAUGUCAUUGCUGUGCGUUGGCGUGAAGAAAGCCAAACUCGAUGGACCCCAAGAGAAAUUUAACACCUACGUGACGCUGAAGGUGCAGAAUGUCAAGAGCACCACCAUUGCUGUGCGGGGUGCCCAGCCAUGCUGGGAGCAGGACUUCAUGUUUGAGAUCAACAGGCUGGAUCUGGGCUUGACGGUGGAGGUGUGGAACAAAGGGUUAAUCUGGGACACCAUGGUGGGGAUGUGGAUCCCCUGCAAAAACAUCCGCCAGUCUAAUGAGGAUGGGCCGGGGCAGUGGCUGACCCUGGACUCCCAGGUCAUCAUGGCUGAGAAUGAGAUCACCGGCACCAAAGACCCCACCUUCCACCGCGUGCUGCUGGACACCCGCUUUGAACUGCCAUUAGACAUUCCAGAGGAUGAGGCUCGAUACUGGGCCAAGAAACUGGAGCAACUCAAUGCCAUGAGGGACCAGGACUACACAUACCAGGAGGAGGAGGAGAGACCACUGCAAGCGCCAUCAACACAGUGCUGUAACUGGAGUCUUUGGGGAGACCAGCAAAAUGAAGACCCAGACAGUGCGGUGGACGACAGAGACAGUGACUACCGCAGUGAGACCAGUAACAGCAUCCCCCCUCCCUUCUACACCACGUCUCAGCCCAACGCCUCCAUGCACCAGUACCCCAUCCAGAGAGACCAGCGCUACUCCUCGCUAACCUCCUACAACGGCUCCAUCCAAGAGCUGGACUACGACAACCAGAGACCCAUGAGUCCUACAGGCAGCAGUCGCUAUGCCUCCUCUGGGGAGCUGAGUCGAGGCAGCUCCCAGCUCAGUGAGGAGUUUGGCCCUGAGAACGAGGGGAGUCUGAGAGGCUCUGUGGAGCUCUACGAUGAGAACGACUCUUACCACUCCUGCCACUCCUCUGUCAGCUACGACAAGGAAUCGGCUGGCUGGGACCCCGAUGAGCCCGAGGUGGUGUACAGUGACGAAGGGGGCUAUGUCAAAGAUGGCGGAGAGGAGGGGGCUAUUUACGAGGAGGAGGAGGGCGAGCUCUACGAGCCCGAGCAGGGAGAAGGGGAGUACAACUAUGAGGGAGAGGAGGAGAUAAUUUACGAAGAUGAAGAUCUCUACCCUCUGGACGGCACGCUCAGCGAGAACCAGGAGCCACCCUAUACGGCCCCCACGCUGGCCCCCGAGGCCUCCAUCACCAGGCCCCCUCUGGAGAAACAAGCCUCUUUGAGAGAGCAGCAGCCCGAGCCCCCCACCCUGGCCCCCACCACCCAGGCCCAGACCAUGCCCCCUGUCCAGCCCCCUGUCACCACAGCCUCCACCAAGCCUCCAUUUACCCCCAUGAUCCAUCCAUCCAUCAUCCAGCCCCUGGUGCCCACAGCCCAGCCCCCUGCUCCAGAGACCCAGCCUCCAGUGUCUGAUGCCCUGGAUGAUAUCCUCCUAGACCUCCAAGAGGAAGAGCCUCUGUCUUUAGAGCAGGAGGUCCCUGUGGUGGAGAGUCCCCCAGCAGAAGUCCCAGCAGAGAAGAGUGAGACUCCUCUUGUCAGCUAUCAAAGGCCCAUCAUGGAGCCUGGGCCAGACAGGGCCAGGGCCAACUGGCAACGGCUCUGCAGCAAGGUCCGACUACAGCUGCAGCAGGCUCGAGGGGAGUCGGUUGGGAUUUGCUCCCUGUUGCUAUCAGCAGGGGUGGGUGGGGCGCUGUAUAGCAUUGACAGCAUGCCGGACCUCCGCAAGAGGAAAGCCAUGCCUCUGGUCAGAGACCUGGUCAGUGCUAUGUCCCUGGCUCAGAACUCCAGGAAGGCAGGGUUCACAUCAGCCAUGGCGUCCAGCACUCUCAAUAACGAGGAACUGAAGAGUCAUGUGUACAAGAAGACCCUACAGGCUCUGAUAUACCCCAUCUCCUGCACCACGCCCCAUAACUUUGAGGUGUGGACGGCCACCACGCCCACCUACUGCUACGAGUGUGAGGGGCUGCUGUGGGGUAUCGCCCGCCAGGGCAUGAGGUGCACCGAGUGUGGGGUCAAAUGUCACGAUAAGUGCCAGGACCUGCUCAACGCUGACUGCCUGCAAAGGGCAGCGGAGAAGAGUUCUAAGCAUGGGGCGGAGGACAGAACCCAGAACAUCAUCAUGGUUCUGAAGGACAGGAUGAAGAUCCGGGAGAGGAACAAGCCGGAGAUCUUUGAGCUGAUCCAGGAGGUGUUUGCCAUGGUCAAAGCCACUCACGUCACCUACAUGAAGCAGAUCAAACAGAGCGUACUAGACGGCACCUCCAAGUGGUCGGCCAAGAUCAGCAUCACAGUGCUGUGUGCCCAGGGCCUUCAGGCCAAGGAUAAAACUGGCACGAGUGACCCUUAUGUCACGGUCCAGGUGGGCAAGACCAAGAAGAGGACCAAGACUAUCUACGGCAACCUCAACCCUGUCUGGGAGGAGAACUUCCACUUUGAGUGCCACAACUCCUCGGACCGGAUCAAGGUGCGGGUGUGGGACGAGGAUGAUGACAUCAAGUCUCGGGUGAAACAGAAGUUCAAGAGGGAGUCAGAUGACUUCCUCGGUCAGACCAUCAUUGAGGUCCGCACGCUGAGCGGAGAGAUGGACGUCUGGUACAACCUGGACAAGCGUACAGACAAGUCAGCCGUGUCUGGUGCCAUCAGGAUGCACAUCAAUGUGGAGAUCAAAGGAGAGGAAACAGUCGCUCCAUAUCAUGUCCAAUACACCUGUCUGCACGAGAACCUCUUCCACUUUGUCACAGAUGUGCAGAGCUCUGGCGUUGUGAAGAUCCCUGAUGCUAAAGGGGAUGACGCGUGGAAGGUGUACUUUGAUGAGACUCCUCAGGAGAUAGUGGAUGAGUUUGCCAUGCGCUACGGAGUGGAAUCCAUCUACCAGGCUAUGACUCACUUUGCCUGCCUGUCGUCUAAGUACAUGUGCCCUGGGGUGCCGGCGGUAAUGAGUACCCUGCUGGCCAACAUCAAUGCCUACUACGCCCACACCACKCAGGCCACAAACAAUGUGUCGGCCUCCGACCGCUUCGCCGCAUCCAACUUCGGGAAAGAACGAUUUGUGAAGCUCCUGGACCAACUCCACAACUCUCUGAGGAUUGACCUGUCCAUGUACCGGAAUAACUUCCCAGCCAGCAGUUCUGAGAGGCUGCAGGACCUCAAGUCUACUGUGGACCUGCUCACCAGCAUCACCUUCUUCAGGAUGAAGGUCCAGGAGCUACAGAGUCCCCCCAGAGCCAGUCAGGUGGUGAAGGACUGUGUCAAGGCCUGUCUCAACUCCACCUAUGAAUACAUCUUCAAUAACUGUCACGAGCUCUACAGCCGGGAGUACCAGACAGAUCCGGCCAAGCCAGGAGUGGAACACCCAGAGGAGCAGGGUCCCAGCAUCAAGAACCUGGACUUCUGGUCCAAACUCAUCACCCUCAUCGUGUCCAUCAUAGAAGAGGACAAGAACUCCUACACACCCUGCCUCAACCAGUUUCCUCAGGAGCUCAACGUGGGUAAAAUCAGUGCCGAGGUGAUGUGGAACCUGUUUGCUCAGGAUAUGAAGUACGCCAUGGAGGAGCAUGAAAAGAACCGUCUGUGUAAGAGUGCGGAUUACAUGAACCUGCAUUUUAAAGUCAAGUGGCUUUACAACGAGUACUGCAAAGACCUGCCCUUCUUCAAGAGCCGUGUGCCCGAGUACCCGGCGUGGUUUGAGCCGUUUGUCAUCCAGUGGUUGGACGAGAAUGAGGAAGUGUCUCGAGACUUCCUGCACGGUGCGCUGGAGAGGGACAAAAAAGACGGGUUCCAGGUAACGUCGGAGCAUGCUCUGUUCUCCUGCUCCGUGGUGGACGUCUUCUCUCAGCUCAACCAGAGCUUCGAGAUCAUCCGCAAGCUGGAGUGUCCCGACCCCCAGAUCGUAGGCAACUAUAUGAAACGAUUUGCCAAGACCAUCGGUAACGUUCUCCUGUCCUACGCUGACAUCAUCUCCAAGUGCUUUGCUAACUACGUCAACAUGGAGAAAGUGCCAUGCAUCCUGAUCAACAACAUCCAGCAGCUCAGAGUUCAACUGGAGAGGAUGUUUGAGGCCAUGGGAGGAAAGGAUCUGUGCAAAGAGGCCAGUGACUUCCUGAAAGACCUGCAGGUGAAGCUGAAUACUGUGAUGGAUGAUCUCAGCAGGAUAUUUUCUGUCAGUUUCCAGCCGCAGAUUGAGGACAACGUGAAACAGAUGGGAGACAUCCUUGGCCAGGUGAAGGGGACCAACGUGGGGGCUAACAACUGCAGUAGCGUGGCCCAGGACGCUGACAAUGUGCUGCAGCCCAUCAUGGACUUCCUGGACAGCAACCUGACGCUGUUUGCUAAGAUCUGCGAGAAGACGGUGCUAAAACGUGUUCUGAAGGAGCUGUGGAAACUGGUGAUGAACACUAUGGAGAGGACCAUCGUCCUGCCCCCUCUCACUGACCAGACGGGCACUCAGCUCAUCUCCAACGCUGCCAAACAGCUGGGACAGCUCUCCAAGAUAAAGGAGCACAUGGGUCGUGAGGAGGCCAAGGCACUGUCCCCUAAGCAGUGUGCUGUGAUAGAACUGGCUCUGGACACCAUCAAGCAAUACUUCCAUGCUGGAGGGGUGGGCCUGAAAAAGACCUUCCUGGAGAAGAGUCCUGACCUGUUGUCUCUACACUACGCCCUGUCCCUCUACACCCAGGCCACAGACAAACUCAUCAAGACCUUUGUUUCAUCUCAGAACGCACAAGUUUUCGGCGGGAAGGGGGUGAGGUUCACGGCUAGUGAGGAUGUGUACCCAGAGAAGGGCUCUGGAGUGGACGACGCCGUGGGAGAGGUGUCUAUCCACGUGGAGAUCUUCACCCACCCCAACACUGGAGAGCACAAGGUCACCGUCAAAGUGGUGGCAGCCAAUGACCUGAGGUGGCAGACCACGGGGGUGUUCCGUCCCUUCGUGGAGAUCUACAUCAUCGGUCCUCACCUGGCUGACAAGAAGAGGAAGUACGCCACCAAGUCCAAGAACAACAGCUACGCCCCCAAAUACAACGAAACGUUCACAUACACCCUCAGUAACGAGGUGGGCACAGAGUGUUACGAGCUGCAGGUGUGUGUGAAGGACUACUGCUUCGCCCGGGAGGACCGUACGGUGGGCAUGGCCGUGAUGCAGUUGAAGGACAUGUCCUCUAGGGGCAGCGUGGCUUGCUGGCUCCCCCUGGGGAAACGCGUGCACAUGGACGAGACGGGCCUCACCGUCCUCCGCAUCCUGUCCCAGCGCAACAACGACGACGUGGCAAAGGAGUUCGUCAAGCUCAAGUCAGACCAGCGCUCUCCCGAGGAAGGCCGAGGCUGAGAGGGCAAAGUCUUUAUUCGAUCAGCGCCACCUACAGGCUAGGAAGUCCUUCUGCGGACUGACUGCAAGUCAAAUUACUGCCCUGAUGUUGUAGUGUUGGACAAGCACAGAGAAACAGUUCUUUACUACAGUACUGUACAUACAUCUCAUUGAAGAAGACGUGAUACCAUCUACAGGCAUUGCCCUGAUUGUCUUGAAAGCACCGAUGUCUUUAUUAUGAAUAUGAUUAAUUAUCUUGUAAAAAUGCAUAGAUAUAAUCGUAAACACAGAAAACCCCACAACACUGACCAACGUUCUACAACACAUCCACACACACAGAGAGUUGAAGUCAUAGAGUAUAUAGAGUAUGUAGUGGGCUCUCUCUAUUUCCCAUAGGCCAUGUCUUAGUGCUCUCCAAUCACACAUUUGAACUAGAAUCUGCCAAUCUCUCUUCUUGUAGCCUUGAAAGUCUUGACGUCUCUUCUAUUACAUUAACUCCACGUUCCCUUCCUUUGUCUAGACUAGACUAGUGCCAAUGGAUCAAUCCAUAAUGUUAUGCCAAGUCAAGCCCUAAGCACAAGUCAACAGGACCAACUGUGAACAGCAGACCAUCAGGCUUUUAGGCCUCAUACAUUCCAAAGAGUCAGGUUUACACACACUGGUUUAUGAUACUAUUUCCAUGGGUUGUCCACCAUGGGCUGAAUUCUGGAUCUUCUCUCAUUCCGACAUGGAGUAUCUAUAGCAGAGCAGGCUGGACAAAUUAUAAAUGUAAAUGUUUAUAAGUAUUAAUUAGAGAUAUUAUCAGUGAAUUGAUGGUAUAUUUAAAGACUAUAUGAAGACUUUGCACUUGAAAGAGAGUGUCCCUGUCUGUCUGUCUGUCUGUUUGUCUACCCUGUUACAGAGCUUAAAACCCUCUAAUGCCUUGUUCUGUCAAACCUGUUGUCCGUCUUCAGUACAUAGUGAGAGCGACCUGAUGAAGACAAGCCUCGGYGCUCUGUAGUUCAUCAGCACGUGUGUGGGUGUAUGUUCAAGAGAAGGAGAUGAAUGAGUGUGUAUACAGGUGUGCUAUCUUAAUUUGAACAGUUUCUCAGGAAAUGUGAGUUACUAUGUGGAUUUUAAUMAAUGGACAUUUUUGUAGGGGUUUCUAAAUGUUUAGUUAGGAUAAUUCAAGUCUGACAUUUUAAAGUGGAAAUUACAAACUUUAGAAGUAUUUUUAAACCUUGACUAUAUUACAAUUUGCAUUUGCUGCAGCGCCGGAAAAGAAUUCUGCGACAACAGAGUGAUCAAAUUAAGACAGCACAUCUGUAUACUGUUUGUGUGUUAUAUUGUUACAAUGUUGACCUUGUGUAGACACCAGUGUUGCCUGUUUGUGUAAAUGUGUAAAUCACAGAAAGCCAUCAAGAACAUAGAACACAAUAUAGUGGAAGAACACAUAGUCUAUAGUAUAUUUAGAUUCUUAAGUGUCUUUUACUUGGUGGAAUGCAAGUAAAACAUUUUGGGUGAAGGUUUAUUGCUUGUUUGAUCAGAAACGUUUAGUGGGCUGAACAGUACAGAGUAUAAACAGAGCUCCAUUAGUUUGCCUUGGAAAACAGCCACCUCCUCUCCUUUAACCUCUCUGAUCAACAUGUGUCAGCGUGGAAGAGAGCAGUUAGAGACAAAACACUGAGGCAUUUCUUACCGCUUGUGUUGCCAUAGCAACCUCUUGUCAAAUGAAGAUGUCAGGCCACGGGUGACCCCCACGGUCUCUUUUUUUGUCUUUCUUCCCCUCUGCUGGGGGAAGCACACAUGACCUAUAACCUUUUACCUAGAAUGGCCAGGCUGUCUGGUCCUGGUUCUGAGCACACAGGGUCUGUCCACAAGGGCUAUAGUACGGAACUGCUCCUGCCUGCCCUCUUCAAUGGUGAAACUUGCCAUAGCUAUGUGGGGGGGAAAUCUCAUAACAUUCAUGGCAUGGCUCUCACAUUUAGAAGAAGCACAUAGAAAGCAUGCAAAGGGUAGUAAGCACAGGGAAGGGUAGUAAGCACAGGGAAGGGUAGUAAGCACAGGGAAGGGUAGUAAGCACAGGGAAGGGUAGUAAGCACAGGGAAGGGUAGUAAGCACCGGGUACCUACAGGGUAUUGGUGGUGUUGUAGCUCAUAGUGCAUGCAUGGUACCCAGACUGUAUCUAGUGCCAUUCCAGGACCAAAGGUUCCAAUUUUCACCCCUUUAUCAUUGAUUAAAGUUCUUGGAGGAGGUUGAGCCUGCAGGAUAGGAUCGUAUGUAUUCCUGUGAUGUCAAAACUGGAUUAUAUUAAGACUGUCAAUGGAAUGACAGGUCUCUCAUCUCAUCCCACUCUCUCCCCUCUAAAGCCCACUACACUGCCUCCCCUCUCUCCCCUCCACAGCCCACUGCA